AUGUCAAAGGCCACGCCGAACCCUGUAGAAUACACGUACGGCUCGCAGCCCACAAAGAGCGGAGGCUCAACUGCCCAUUCAAUUCCCCAUCCGGAAGCAGUGUCAUCAUGCGUACACCAUAUCGCAGGGAUCUUGGUGACGGUCUUCGGCCUCGAUGACAUGCCCUCAGAUGUCACCGAUGUCGCAGUAUUAUGGCUCCUGCACCCGCGACUUCAGACGCAAGCGAGCAUGGCUCCAUUCGCAGCGCAUAUUAUUGCCGAGUGGAACAAGCACCAAAAGUCGAGCACAGGGAAGCAGAGGAAGGCGCUGAUAGCCGUCUCCUUUGACCAAAGAAACCACGGAUCCCGGCUCGUCUCGGCGAUCGCGAACGAGGCGUGGCGUUCCGGCAACGAGCAUCACGCUUCAGACAUGUUCUCUUGCUACACGGGUACGGCGCAGGAUACUUCGCUGCUCCUUGACUUCCUGCCUGGGUAUAUCUUUCCCGAACCAAGCGACGCACGACGGAUCGUGCAGAAUCUCGUCCUGGGCAUCUCGCUCGGUGGCCAUGCGGCGUGGCACGUCCUCAUGCACGAUGCCCGCUUCUCGGCCGCCGUCGUCACGAUAGGAUGUCCCGACUAUACACGCUUGAUGACUGACCGGGCACGCCUGUCGAAGCGGAAGACCUGGACCUCGUCGUCACCUCCGGGCCGAGAUUUUCUGGGCUCGAGCGACUUCCCUCCCUCGCUAAUCGAGGCAGUCAAGAAAAAUGACCCGGCCGGGCUGAUCUGGUCGUUACCCGGCCUGCAGUGGCGGAAUGACCAGGAGUAUCUCCACACGAGUUUGACCGAGGAGGAGAGGCAGGUCCUGUUGCCUGUGAUGACGAGGUGUUUCGGAAACAAGAGAAUUUUAAACCUCUCGGGCGGCGCAGACAAGCUUGUGCCCUAUGCGCACUCGAAACCGUUCGUCGACUGGCUCAAGACGGCGAGUGCGAAGGGAGGCUGGUUCGAAGGCUCCGGUCUCGUACUUGAGGACCUCGUGUUUGACGGCGUCGGUCACGAGGUGCCGAGUCGGAUGGUGGAUGAAAUGGUCAGAUUCGUGACGGACAGUCUUGAGGACGAGAGGGUUAGUGGGAUGGACACGGCGCCAGGAGGGGGGGCUACUAGGCUGGGGAGCAAGAUAUGA